GUUAAAGAUUAUUUACUUCUUUUAAUGGGUACAUCUUAUUGUUUUGUUUUAUAUUUUUAGUGUUUACUUUACUUUGAGUUUGAGAGUAUAUUCUCACUUCUCACACGUACCGACGUCGCCGACGUUCUUCGCUUCAUGGCAAUGUAACAGUGGCUGUUGAGCUGGGCCCUUAAUUUAUAGGUAUUCGUACGUAGUAUCUCUGUCAUGAAAAAUGAAUUGUAACGUCGUGAACAUAUUUAGCAAACUUAUAGGCCUUGUUUUGGUUCUGUUGCUGUUAAGUGCGAGACAAGCCUCUGCCGAAAACGUGGUAGCAUUAACAUCUUCAAAUUUUGAUGAGCAUAUUGGGAAGUACGAACUAGUCUUUCUUAAUUUCUAUGCCGACUGGUGCCGGUUCAGCCAAAUAUUGGCACCAGUUUUUGAAGAAGCAGCAAAAAAUGUCCAUGAGCACACAAAGGAGCAGGUUGGCAAAGUGCUGUUUGGAAAAGUAGACUGUGACAGAGAAACAUCUAUUGCAGCGAAGCACCGCAUUACAAAGUAUCCCACAUUAAAACUAGUGCGCAAUGGUGUGGUCAUGAAACGAGAAUAUCGGGGACAGCGCUCUGCAGAAGCCAUGAAGAACUACAUCAUUGAAAUGCUGAAGGACCAGGUCAAGGAAAUACCACACGAAGCAGAGGCACAGCACGUGGAGGAAAAGAAGCCAGCAUUGCUUGGCUACUUUGCUGCCAAGGAAACCGAGGCAUAUGGAACGUUCCGCCGGGUGGCUUCCGACUUGCGAGACGACUGCAAUUUUUACUUUGUGGCCAGGCCUACAGGAGAAAAUGUCUCAGCAACAGCAGAUGCUAUUCACUUCAAACCACCUCGUGCGAAGUUUGGUGAAAAGCAUGAAACCUACCCAUCACUGCCGCACCUGUAUGAUGACCUGAAAAAGUGGGCUUCAGAGAAGUGCAUUCCGUUAGUGCGCGAGAUCACCUUUGAGAAUGCUGAGGAGCUGACAGAAGAAGGCCUGCCAUUCCUGAUCUUGUUCCACCAUCCAGAUGACAAAGGGAGUGUUGAAGAAUUCACAAAAGUUGUCCAUGAACAACUCCAAAAUGAUAAACAUGCCAUCAACCCCCUCAUUGCGGAUGGAGUCAAGUUUGCCCACCCUUUGCAGCAUUUGGGCAAAACAGUUAAAGACCUCCCGCUCAUUGCCAUUGACAGCUUCAGGCACAUGUACCGCUUUCCAGACUUUGCUCACCUGAAAGUUCCUGGAAAGCUCAAGGCAUUUGUAGAUGAUCUGUAUUCUGGGAAACUUCAUAGAGAGUUCCAUUAUGGCCCAGAUCCCACGGUUGGAGGGGCUGAAACUGAUCAGGCUACUGAUCCGCCCGAGUCGACAUUCAAGAACUUGGCUCCAUCCCGGCAACGAUACACUAUACUGAAGGAUGAACUGUAGUAGAGCUAUCAAGAGAGAAACUGUACAGUCCGACUAGUGGUCACUGCAUUUUUCUAGGGUCAUGAGAUGUGAGGAAUGUGAAGAUUGCUAAGUUUAUGGCAGUAAAUAUUUCUUUGUGCUUUGUACAAUUUUUUUCUUCCCUUUAAGAGGUUUGAUUACAGACCUGUUGCACUGAGCACGAAAUGGCUUGGCAAGAGAAAUAGAAAAUCAUGUUUUAGAGUUUCGUUUUCAGUUAUUUUUAUGUUUACUACUGCCAACAGGUGCUGUGAUGAAAAUAGUGUGAUUUUGGCAAUGUACACAUAGACUGUAUGCCCCUGCUUCAUUCGUUCAAUUCCAUUGGCUCAUGCUCAUUUUUAAAUAGUUUUUUUUAAUACAUCUGCUUUGAAGUUGUUAGAUUGGCCACAUGGGUCUAUUUUGUGCAAUAUUUGUUGCAUAAUUAUUAAAAUUCAUGGCUAUUGCUCGUUAUUUGAAAGUGCAGCAUCUGGCACUUUUUGUUUUCUUAAGGUGUUUGGUUUUUAUACUUUAGGGCAGGAACCACAUUGCGUUCGUGAGAAUUUUUUAAUUAUUAUUUUCAGGUUGCUGUUGUGCAUUUCAGUCACACCAUUUACCUGUUUUUCUCCCUUUGUUGUUAGCGAACCUGUCAUCACGCGCAUAUGUAUAAAAAAACUCUGAGACUGCAAAACACUGUAAAAAAAAACCAAGCAGCAUGAAAGGUUGUACUUGUUUUUGUACAGAGUGUCAAGAUUAAUAUUUCUGGUGCGCCAGUUUAGGCUGUGUUGAAUGGCAGCUUACCUUUUGUUAUUCGUUCUUUACAGCAACCUUGUAACAUUCUGACACAUAAGGUGAUGAAAUCACUGAAUUUGAUGCAGUGAUAAAGAAAGAAGUAGUGCGCUUUUACAGUUUGCACGCACAACGUACUAAUGAAUGUUUCGGUCUGAUACUGGGGUGUUCAGCAACACUGGAAUGUUGAUUACUGAGUGGUAUUAUUGGUGACCAUCCAUCCUUUAUAUUCUCUUCUUUUCUAUAAAAGAUCGGGUGCAUUCAUGCAUAGGGCAGGAGUCAUUUAGCAUACCAAAGCUGCCUUGCUUCCAUUCAUUGUUUCUUCGUGGGAAAGCAUCACUGCCUCUUUUCAGCAACAGAAUAACAUAUCAGUUUCUGUGCUUUUUUUUUUCUGUGGAAUUUUAAAGAUCUAUAGCAGGUAAUCAUUGGAGCUUUGUAUGAAUUCAUCCUGCAGAUUUGGCUUGUUUUUAGAUGGCUCUGUCUUUAAAGGUGCACUUCCUUUUAUUGGAGCAAUUGGCACGUUUUGUUUUUUUUCUUGGCCUACUGAAAUGAAUAAUUUUAAUCAUAUACAGACUACUCCCCAGUGUAAACAGUAUUUAUAUGCAGUACUUUCUAUCACAAGCCGCAACACCUUUUUUUUUUAAUUAACAUAGUUUAAAUUAUCAGCAACACUAUAUCAUUUUCUUAAACUUUCUCAAUUACUCAGGGUCACAGUGGCCUUGUGCUGGAAUGCAUAAGCAAAGCUAGUUGCUACAGCAGGAUUCUUUACCUGCCAAAUGUGCGGUUAACCUCUGAAGCAGUUGUGAAGAGGAGUUUGAAAAGUAAUUCCUAUUGCGAAGCAGUUAUGCUGUUGCAAUCAGGGAUCUUCUGUCAAGUCUCCAUAACUUUAUGUAAUGUACAAAUCGAUGCAGGACUCUGUACUGGUUUAACUUAAAUUUUUUUUAUGCCAACUUGUACUAAUUUGAAAUAGUAAUAUAAGGAAUUGCACUGUCUCAAGUGGUCUAGAGGUGAUCACCCUUGUCUUAGGCAUUACAAAUUAAAGCUGCCCAGCAUAGGUUCUGAGAAGGCGAAUGAGCAUAGCUUGCUCUGGCUCUGUGCUUUCACAGAACGGCCUCUCACUGUUUAGGAGUCUGACUUGAUGCUUGGCUGAUCACCUUCACACCAUUUCAGACUGCGUCUAUUUUGUAUAUGUAGCCAGUGUUAAGUAUGGCUCUGUUGGCCAUCUCUCAUGACAAAUUAACAGAGGCUUGCAAUUGUGGUUCUCUGGCUAGGAACACACUGUUCCCUCUUCUCUUUUUUGAAUGAAUGUGGUUUUAUGCUUGCUGGGCACACAGUCACUUUGUAAGAUAAGGAAAACUUGGGAUAAUAAAUGUUUGU